GCCCGCCUCUGUAAAGAUGGCGGCGGUGUCGGUGUUUCCCGGCGUGCGGCUCCUCAGUAUCGGGGACGCCAACGGGGAGAUUCAGAGACACGCGGAGCAGCGGGAGCUGCGGCUGGAGGCCCGGGGAGGCGAGCUAGCGCUGUAUAACGAAAAUAUGUGUGUCUUCAAGUGCACAGUUACUUCAGAGACGGAGUGCAGCCGCGUGGGGAAGCAAUCCUUCAUCGUCACCCUGGGCUGCAACAGCGUCCUGGUCCAGUUCGCCACCCCGGCAGAUUUCUGUUCAUUUUACAACAUCAUCAAGAGCUGCCGGGGUUCAUCUGACAAAAGUGUCUUCAGCGAGCGCACGGAGGAGUCUUCAGCGGUGCAGUACUUCCAGUUCUAUGGCUACCUGUCCCAGCAGCAGAACAUGAUGCAGGAUUACGUCAGGACUGGCACGUAUCAAAGGGCUAUCUUGCAAAACCACACAGACUUCAAGGACAAGGUUGUCUUGGAUGUUGGCUGCGGCUCAGGGAUCCUGUCCUUCUUUGCAGUUCAAGCCGGUGCCCGUAAGGUGUAUGCUGUGGAAGCGAGCAGCAUGGCGCAGCAUGCUGAGCUACUGGUGAAGAGUAACAACCUGACUGAUCGUAUAGUGGUCAUCCCUGGGAAGGUGGAGGAAGUGUCUCUCCCAGAGCAGGUGGAUAUUAUCAUCUCUGAGCCAAUGGGAUACAUGCUCUUCAAUGAGCGGAUGCUUGAGAGUUACCUACAUGCAAAGAAGUUUCUGAAACCCAAUGGUAACAUGUUCCCCACGAUUGGAGACGUCCACCUUGCGCCAUUUACAGAUGAGCAGCUUUACAUGGAACAGUUUACAAAAGCCAAUUUUUGGUAUCAGCCAUCUUUUCACGGUGUGGACCUCUCGGCUCUUCGUGGAGCAGCUGUAGAUGAGUAUUUUAAGCAGCCCGUUGUGGACACCUUCGAUAUUAGAAUCCUGAUGGCCAAAUCUGUGAAAUAUACAGUGAAUUUUCUGGAUGCCAAAGAGACGGAUUUGCACAGGAUAGAGAUCCCCUUCUCCUUCCACAUGCUCCACUCUGGCCUGGUGCACGGCUUGGCCUUCUGGUUUGAUGUGGCUUUCAUUGGAUCCAUAAUGACCGUCUGGCUGUCCACGGCCCCCACUGAACCCCUCACCCACUGGUACCAGGUCCGCUGCCUUCUGCAGUCCCCACUCUUCACCAAAGCUGGAGAUACGCUGUCGGGAACAGUUCUGCUCAUUGCUAAUAAGAGGCAGAGUUAUGAUAUCAGUAUUGUCGCUCAGGUGGAUCAGACUGGAUCCAAAUCAAGUAAUCUGCUGGAUCUGAAGAACCCCUUUUUUAGGUACACAGGCAGCACGCCGUCCCCUCCCCCCGGCUCACACUACAGCUCCCCCUCUGAGAACAUGUGGAAUACAGCGGGGGCAUACUCCAUGAACACAGGAAUGGGCAUGGGAGGGAUGCCCACGGCGUAUGACCUCAGCAGUGUUAUAGGUGGAAGCUCAGGCAUCGGUCACAGUAACCUCAUCCCUCUAGCUAACACAGGAAUCGUUAAUCACACCCACUCCAGAAUGGGAUCUAUCAUGAGCACAGGGAUUGUUCAAGGAUCGGCCACAGGACAAGCUGGAUCCACCUCCUCCUCCCAUUACCCAGUCAACAACCAGUUCACCAUGGGCGGCCCCGCCAUCUCUAUGGCUUCCCCCAUGUCCAUCAACACCAACACAAUGCAUUACGGGAGUUAAAAUUUGCCCACCCUUGCCCGUCCUCCCUCUUCUCUCUCUGCCUCUAAACCAACAGCAACAGGAUACCAAAUGAUGCAGAGCUGUCUCUGCGUCUCCUCUGCAGAAUCUCGACCCCCGCUGCUCUGGGUUCCUUCGAUGCUCCUCCGCCAUCUUGGUUUGUAACCCGCCCAGUGUUCUUCUAACUCCUGAUUUGUAUCAUAACUCGAAGCAAGACGCUUUCUGACAAUGGACUUGUACAUUUAUUAUAAUUUUUUUUUUUUUUUUAAGUAAAAUAAAUUUCACGCAGUGUCAUAUAAGAAGUUAGAGGAGUGAAGAAUCAGGACUACGCUGUAAUGGAGGAGAGGGGGGGGGGGGGAGAACCAUGUAUCGCUCCCUUCUGCUCGUGCUGGUGGCAUAAUGGACUCGUAUGCUCCCGCUCCACAUGGCUGUGAAUUAGUAUUGAUUCUGUAAAGGGACACUAUGGAGGCGAGAGACCAUACGGCAUCAUGAGAUUUGCUACGCCUCUUCCUGCCAGACAGUCGCUCACAUUUGCGUGUAGUCGGUAUUUCGUAGAUAGAAUUUUUUUAUUUUUUUUUCUCCCCCAAACAAAAAAAUUUGCAGUAACCUGAUCCUCAGGGCCGUGCAUAACCCCCACCCCAAAACGUCACCACCGGCGCCUAUGACACUACAUCUGUGCAUGUUCCCUUGUUUCGGGCAGCUAAGAGAAGAGAUGGAAGCCCCUCGUCUUGCUGCUCUUCGGAAUUGUCUCAUUUGCUUGGACGCCACUCGAAAUGUUAUCGCUCGGUCCACGGACAGCCUUAAAAGUGGCAGUCCAUUUAUGAUUGGUUAAGGACUGAAGACAUCAUGGUGGCCUGAAGCACUGUCGCUUCUUAUGCUUGAUCCUUGUUACCCUCCUAAUGAAUGGUUGGUUGUACUCCUCCCCCUCCCUUUUGUGGGGCAGAGGGUAGUACACCGUGCCAAUGACUGCGAUGCGGGAUAAACCCCCUCUUUUUAACCCCCUCGUUUUGCUUCGUUCUCCAUUUGAUAUCAGGGCCGGGAUGGAUCCGACAACCAACCUAGGGCUUUGAGUUAGUAUCGGCAUGCGUAUAUAGUCCGGAGAAUGUUCGGUUUAAUGGUGGGGGAGGGGAGUACGAAGCGCAUUUGUGGGAAGCCUUUCUCUUCAGUCUGAACUUUCUCUCUAGAUGGGAAGACAUUUUGUUGCGCCGCUGUUUGACCAUGUCGUCAGUAUUUACGCAGAUCAGGUGUCCUCAUGGUCCGUUUCCUUAGUGUCUGGGUUCAUCCGAGGCUGGAUAGACCGGAGACUGCUGGAAACUUCAAGUCCUGGAAGCCUGGGUCAGGUCGGGACGAAGUGGCGGCGGCCAUUGUUCCUCUGGGGGGGGGGCGAUCAGGUUGUUAAAUGUGAAUCUCUCUUGCUGGACUGACAGUCUCUGUGUUCUCCUCAGAUUCCGUUAAGCUGGAUCCUCCUCAGUCUCCCUUCUUCUCCUACCUCUGUUUUCUCCACUCGUGCGGCCGAGUGGAUAAAGCAUGUCCUGUAUGCAUCCGUCCCCGCAUCGUGUCUGUGCAUUAUUAUUUUUAUCCCCUCCUUGUGGAUGUGCUCGGCCUUUUCUGCAGCAAUUCCUUCUAGUAUUCGGGGGAGGCCGGCACAUCCUUAAUGUUCUGGUUGGGUUUCUUUGGGGUCUGUCCCCUGUUCUGUGUAACCUGUCAUCUGUGGGAUGGCAGACUGUCGUUUUAGGAUGGAUUUUCAGAGGUGAUGUCUGAAGACGCAUAGGAAACCAUUGCUAACACAGCUGCUGGUCUUAUUUCUGCCUGUAGUGCUCAAUAAUAAAGUUGGGAGGGAUUUUU